CUCUCUUUCUCUCUCUCUCUCUCCCCCCUCUCUUGUUUCGUUCUACAUUACGAUUACAGCCCUCGUUUGUUGGUUGUGGCCUCUGCUUCUGCAUCUGCAUCUCUGCACCACCGCCCCAAUUGCGACUGACGUAUUUGUUCGCUUCGCGUAAUCGGCCAAAAAAGCGACCUUGACCUGGGGCCGAAAAAUAGCCACCCGGCCCAUUCUCCUCCCACCACCGCCGCCUUCCACUUCUUGCAUAACGACGAAACGAAACAUUCCAACCCGUCCCGUCUUCUCUCUUCGCCUACCGACCUCGUAGCGUUGGGUGGCAUCAACACAGAACCAUCGUGACGACAGCUACAAGCUGUUAGGCAUCAUGCCGGGCUUUGCAGAUUCCUUCUGGUCCAGCGACUACGCUGCAGGACUGGGUGUCCUGUUCGGCAAGUUGCAGCAGGGCGUGCAAGAAAACCGGCAAGUCCUGACCAUUGCUCGAAUGCGGGCCGAAGCCGAGGAAAUCUACAGCCAGCGGUUAGGAGACAUUGCACCAACGGCAGACAAGGUCCAAGGCGGCUUUUCGAAAGAUGACGGCGCCAGCGUUCGCAAGGCCUUCGAUGGCGUUCGGACCGAGAUGGAAGAAGGUGCCAAGAACCACAAGAAGAUCGCCCAGAAUAUCCGGGACCUCGUCGUUAACCCCUUCUCGCGCUGGUGCGAUGCCCACGAGUCACGCAUCCAGGACUCCCAGGACGAGUUGCAGGCCCGCAUCAAGGCGCACGAUAAGCAAGCUGAGUUGGUCAAGAAGCUGCGGAGCACCUACUUCAAUAAGUGCAGGCUGGUUGAGGAUAUCGAGGAGGAGACCAAGCUGGCCUUUCAGGACCCCGAGAACAGCCCCAAGAAUAUCCCCGAGAUCAAGGUGUCCGAGAACAAAGAGCCCGAGCUCCAUCCCCAAGAAGACGAUGACGAGCCCAUUGAGAUCGGCGACGAGAUCUACCAGCCCGAGCAGGUCAAGAAGAUACUGGCGCACAUGUUGAACACGAUCAAACUUGGAGAGACCAAGGUGCCCAUUCUCGGAACCUACCAGAACACCUCGGCCGGCUCCGACAUCGUCGAGUACCUACAACGGCACAUGAACACGACGAGCGUUAGUUACGCCGAGAGAAUCGGCCAGGACCUCAUCUCGAACGGAUAUCUCAGGCUUAUUGGCAACGUUGGCAACACCUUCGCCAACAGCUCCAAGAUGUUCUACCAGUGGCGCCCUAAGGCUUUUAAGCUGGCUGGCGUACCCGACAAGAAAGUGCCUCUAGGCCGAACAUUCUCCAUGCCCGUCUCCGAGUCGGCCGAUUCGCCCGUUGUCGGAACCGUCAGCGAGUACCUUGCCAACUGGAACGUCCUCAACAACCAGCACCCCAACGAAACCCCGCCGGAGCGACUGCGCCGCGAGGCCAGGGAAGCGGACGACAAGUACAAGGCGAGCGUGCGUAAGCUAGACGAGAUGCGCUGCGAGCUGGAGGAGACCAUCUUUGUGCACCUGCGUUUUCUGGAGCGCUGCGAGCUGGACCGCCUCAAGGCCAUCAAGACUGUCAUCUUGGACUUCUCGGGCACCAUCAGCAACGUCAUCCCCAGCAUGCAGUCUGCUGUUGACAACAUGAUGCUCUUCCAAGAGACUGUUCAGCCUCUGGGUGACUUGAGAUAUCUGCUCGAGAGCUACCGGACUGGCAGCUUCGUUCCCAAAGUGGUCGUCUACGAGAACUACUACAACAAGGUUGACGAGCAGACCUUUGGUGUGGAUCUCGAAGCGAGAGCGCGUGCGGAUAAGAAGCGCGUGCCCGUCAUCGUCACCACUAUCCUGACGUACUUGGACAACCGCUACCCUGAUCUUGAGGGUGACGAGGCCAGACGUGGUGUCUGGCUGGUCGAUGUUCCCCUGCAGCAGGUUCACAAGCUCCGCAGAAAGCUUAAUGACGGCAAGCCCAUCUCGCCUGAUGUUUUUGACGAAUUUGAUAUCCCGACUGUUGCAAGCUUGCUCAAGCUGUACCUUCUUGAACUGCCUGACUCUCUCGUCUCAUCCCAUGUAUAUGAGAUUGUCAGAACGAUAUACCAGACCCAAUCGCAAGAAAGCGACGCUUCUCGCGUGUCUGUACUGCAGCAGACGCUGUCGCAAAUGCGACUUACUAAUAUCGCAACGCUUGACGCCUGCAUGAACCAUUUCACCCGCCUGAUUGACCUCACCUCGGCUGACGAGGCUUACAUCUCGACUCUAGCCGCAACUGUCGCGCCUUGCGUCCUCCGCCCCCGAGCGGAAACUUCUCUGACCAUGGAGGAGAAGCACGCCUACAGGCUCGUUCGCGAUCUUUUUGCCCACAAAGAGGCCAUCUUCAGCGAACUGAAGCGCAUGUCUACGGCGAACCACGGCGGUUCGAUCAACCGCCCCCGCGCCAUCAGCACCGACGAGAGUAACCGGAGAGCAAACAUGGAAGAGCGGAAUAGAGCUCUGCUCGAGAAGGCUGCCGGUAGCCGCGGCCGUGCCACCAGCCCUGCCCCUAGCCCCCGCGGACACAGACGUGAUCGCAGCACGGGCGGCCCUGAGACUCGCUUCCCGAUCCAGACGAGCCCGCCCGCGUCUGCAGUUGACCGUCACCGCUCUAGCUUAGGCAGCGUGGUCGGCGCCAAGCGGUCGAGUCUUGAGGUCCCCGGCAGCGAAACGGGCUCGCCGAAGGAGACUCCGACGACCAACGGCUCCACGGCACCUGGCGCUGAGGGCGUUGCGGCCAGAAUCAAGGCUCUCGAGUCUCCCGCCGAGAAGCGCAACAGCUUGAGUCGCAGCAGCGUCCGGUACUCCCUGGACCGCCACGUUGCAGCGGCACCAAGCACCGGAACGGAGAGCGGCCCAUCGACGCCCCGCGACUCAGGGGCCCCUCGCGGAGUGACGCUCGAGGACAAGCCUAUGGAUGACUAAAGCGCGCUAGCCAUGAUGUUAUUGUUUCAAGAUGCUAUUUUCAGGCUUUGCUCCUCAUUUUCCUUUUUCUCCUUUUCUUAAUGUCUAUUUUUUUUUACCCACCCCCACAACAAACUUGACGAUUCUCCUUUUUAUUCUCGCAACGUGUGACGCUGGUAGGAACGUGCGUGUGUAACGAACGACGGGACGGUCUACAGGGGAAACGAAAAAAAGAGGGAGAAAUCACAGGCUGGUUUUGUUUUCUGGCGGCGGCGGCGGCACAGAGAGGGGAAAGAAAGCGAAGCGGUUUCUCUUGGGUGUCCCCUUUGUAUCAUGUCUAUAUGUAAACCCACGAGGGAAUAUGGGGGGAGAAGUGUUAGGGAAUAGGAGAGCAAAGAGGCAGAAGAGAAGAGAAGUCUAACGUCCAACCAUGCA